ACACUGACAAAGACGGAAAAUAGGACAUAUCCUGACAAAGACAGAAAACAGGACAUGUUUUAGGAAAACAGGACAUACCUUGACAAAGACAGAAAACAGGACAUGUCCUCGAAAAAGAGGACAUAUCCUGACAAAGACAGAAAACAGGACAUAGGCUGCCAUGUACGCCACAUGCUUAUGUCACACGGCAGAUAACAACCAAUAAGCUUUGUGGUCUCCCACAGCCGUCAUGCAUCCGUGACCUUUAACCUCCAGAGGAAGGAUGUGGAGGAAGUUGACAAGCGCGGCGUGGAACUACCGUCGCCUGGCGCUGAUCGUCCUCACGCCGCCGCUGCUGCUUCCUCUUCCUCUGAUGGUCGGCACCAAGGAAGCUGAGUGCGGAUUUCUGCUUCUGCUGAUGGCGUUGUUCUGGACCACGGAAUGUAUCCCAUUGGCCAUCACCGCCAUGUUUCCCGCCAUCUUCUUUCCCUUGUUUGGCAUCAUGAAGUCCCAAAAAGUGGCGAUGGCGUACUUCAAGGACUUCCACUUCCUGUUGGUGGGCGUCAUCUGCCUGGCCACCUCCAUCGAGAAGUGGGGUCUUCACAGGAGGAUCGCCUUGAGGCUGGUCACCCUGGUGGGCGUCGACCCAGCGUGUUUGAUGCUGGGCUUCAUGUGCGGGUGCGGUUUCCUCUCCAUGUGGGUGCAUAACACUUCUGCCGUUACCAUGGUGAUGCCCAUCGUGGAGGCCGUCUUGCAGCAGAUCCUGAGUGUCGGCGAGGGGAUAAGUGGAGACGACAACCGCGGUCUGCAACUUGACGAGGUCCACAUUGAGAGGGAUGAGCGGAAAGUUCUAGAAGAAACAUGCUCAUCAGCGACGCCAUUGCCAGACGCCACUCAGGUGUCAGCGCCCCCGAGUGGGAGUUCACGUGACAGCAGGAUCUGCAAGGCCAUGUGCAUCAGCGUGGCUUACUCGUCCAACAUCGGGGGCAUCGCCACCUUGCCGGGAACGUCGCCCAACCUCAUCUUCUCGGAAUAUCUCAACCAAAUUUACCCAGAAUGCAAGUGCAUCAACUUUGGGAAUUGGCUGCUGCUGUGCCUGCCAAUCAGUGUGCUCAUGAUGCUGCUGACUUGGGCGUGGCUAUGCUGGCUGUUCAUUGGCCAAGACAUGCGGUCGCUAUGGCGACGCAGGGGGGAACGCUCAGAGAGGGAAAAGGCGAUGUGUAAAAUCAUCAAAGACGAGUACAGAACGCUGGGACCUAUGAGCUGCCAGGAGGUUUUCACACUGGUGGUUUUCUUGCUGAUGGUCUUGCUGUGGUUGACCAGAUCUCCAGGCUUCAUUGCAGGCUGGUCUUCUUUCUUCCCUCAUCACUCCGACUCCAUCACCGACGCCACCGUGGCGCUUCUCCUGGGACUCCUCUUCUUCCUGGUUCCAGCCCACGGACCCUCACAUAAAUACGAGACCAUGAUCUCCUGGGAGGACUUCCAGGCCGCCAUGCCUUGGAAAGUGGCUCUGCUGGUCGGUGGAGGCUUUGCUCUGGCUGAAGGAACAAAGGAGUCGGGUUUGUCUCGCUGGGUCGGCGAGCUGCUGUCGCCGCUGGGCCACCUUCCCGUGUUGGCCACCGUCACCGUGGCUUGCAUCAUCGUCACCACCGUAACCGAGCUGGCCAGCAACGCCACCACCAUCACCAUCUUCCUCCCCAUCCUCUCACCUCUGGCUGAAGCCGUCCACGUCAACCCGCUCUACGUUCUCAUCCCGGCCACGCUGUGCACGUCUUUCUCCUUCCUGUUGCCGGUGUCCAAUCCACCAAACGCCGUCGUCUUCGCCUACGGACACCUCAGUGUGAUUGACAUGGUGAAGGCGGGGCUCGGCGCCAACGUGAUCGGCCUCCUCGCCGUCCUAUUGGCCGUGACGACGUGGGGCGUUCCUUUAUUCUCUCUGGACGUGUACCCCGAUUGGGCGCCGCCUUUCAACGCCACAACACCGUAAUGGCUGCUGGUG